CACUAAGACCAUGCCACAUCAUCUUGCAUAGGCCCGACCGGGAGAGAAAACGUGCGACUUGAGUUAGGGAUGAAGUUGUCAUCCAGACUUAUUGUAUCGGAUUAGCCUUCGCUGAACGAAAGAUAAUACAGUUAGAACACCAUAAUGACGAGGAAAUAUCACCUGUCUGCCGAUGAUGCCAAGUUUAAUGUUAUCAAAGCCAAUAUCGACAAGUGCUGCCCCCUAUGUGACCGUUCGAUGUCUUUCAGGUCCUCCCACGAAAGAUUGGUGAGGUCAAAGGCUCAGAUCCAAUUAUAUCAAAAACUAUGCUUUCAUGAUGCAUGCGAAAAGUGUACUUCCAUGCCACAUGGUCCUCUCUGUGAGGUAUGCAGACACAUGAGGCUCAGUCAUGUUGUGUGUUGCGGAAUGUGUGGAUGCGACACAGAUAAGCCAGAGAGCGGGACUGGCUGUAGGGCAGAUAGCUGCGAGAAUAUACAACACAUAAGUCACGUUCGACUGCCUUUCGGAUCAUACGAUCAAUUACAACAGCGAUCAAGGUAUUGCGAGAUUUGCAGUCUAUUCGCACCAGAUGUAGAGAGGCUGAAAAGUGUGUAUGAAUUCGAUCGCGAUGAUAAGAUCUAUUUGAAUGUCGCGAAUAAAUGCAGUCUUCUUGAAAAGGUGAUAUUUGGGUUCUCCAUUACACUGCGCGUUGGUUCACUCAAAACCGGCCCCCCAGAUAUACUUUAUCAUGAUACUGCGGAUGAACGGCAAUGGAACAAUAUGAUUUCAUUGGACAUUCCAGCCAAGAACAUCAACUGGGAAAGAGUAUCUCACUGGCUGCCGGAUUGCGAUAUCAAUGAUUCUGCUGACCAUAGAGAUUCCUGUCACUUGGAACCCCCCAAAUAUAUCUUACCCAGUUUCCGUGUUAUCGACACCGAGCAGCAGUGCAUCAUUAUCGCUCCACCAUUUUGCAGAUACGCCACACUGAGCUACGUUUGGGGGGAGACAAAAGGCUCAGUUCAAGCUCUUGUUUCCAAUAUCAAAAGCCUUGAAGUUCCAGGGUCUUUAACAAGGACCGGAGUCUCACUAUCACCUGUCAUUCGCGACGCUAUCACGGCAUGCCGUCAUCUGAGAAUCCGAUAUCUCUGGGUUGACCAACUUUGCAUUCUGCAAGAUGAGGACAUAGCAAAGAAGGCAUUACAUUUGAAUGCAAUGGGAGACAUAUAUGGCUAUUCAUACGUUACUCUGGUCGACCUGGUCGGCACCAAUGCGGACCACGGACUAUAUGGGGUGAAUGCCAGACAGCGGAUCCGGCGAUGGAGCGCUAAAGUACAAGGUCUCUAUUUUCUGGGGAGAAGUGACCCUUUCGAAGCAUUAGUCGCUGAGUCAAAAUGGAUGACUCGAGGCUGGACAUUUCAGGAAACACUGCUAUCAUCCCGACUACUAUUGUUCUCAGACACCAAACUCAUUUACGAGUGCUCUGGCAGGGAUUGCGUAGUUGAUGAUGAAUGUGGGCGCGUCUGGCCUCGCAAAAGAGUGAAAAUCGCCUUGGGCUCUUACCAAGAUAUUGUUCAUGACUACACAAAACGGACCUUCAGCUUCGAAUCUGAUAUUUUACGAGGGUUUGCGGGUAUCCUACAUGCGGGCUAUGGUUCGGACUUACCUCACAAGAUCUGAUCAGGAUACUGGGCAAAGCCGGGUUUCGGUCUAUUUGUAUCACUGUCUGCAAUGCGCAAGGACAAGCGUUGGCCCAGGCAUCAGACAUGAGGCUGUGGCACUGAUCGAUGGUGGAAUACCACAUUUAGCGUCGGCCAUGAAUCAGCCCAGUCCAGACGUGCUCAUGAGGGGUCAAGUAAGCACUAGUAAGCACCUUGUAAGACCCGGUAUCAACCUUGUCCAAUUCGAG